UGACACUUUAACGAACGUAGGGAUUUUAUUGUCCAAUCCUAGUGUAGAAACAAGGCGGAACUUAGCGUUACCAAGGCACGUCUUGAGUCAAGUAUAAAGGGAAUAACAUGGUGUCCCAGUGGCUGUUUAUGUUUACUUAAAGAACAGAUUUGAAAGGGCGUUUUGCAAGACACAACGGCAUUUUCUUUUGUACUUCCACUGUUUUUUUUGCACUUUAACUUUUUUAUGUUAAGAUUUACAAGAACAGUGGCAUGUAAAUCUCAUACUUCACUAAUGUGCCAGUCUUACAAAUGGAAAGGGGGCUUCACUUUGGAAACGUGAGCAUUUCCCUGGUGCUCCUGCUGUUGCUGAAAGCGCUCACUGGAUUCGGGACCACGCAGGCUCAUUGCUCAGCUAUCGGGAGGGAGCCGCAGUCCGUCGCCCGGGGUUCAGGUUCGACCUCGGAGGAAGAUGGUACAAGAGUCAUGGAGCGGGGCUUGGAGAACGUCGGCUCCCCGGUCAUUGUAGCUGACGUUACGGUGGAGGAUGACGAGAACGGGUCGGCGGGGGAGGCCGACGAAUCAUUCGGGGAAAGUAACGGAAAUGUCCAACCGACAAGGUCUCUUGUGAUCAUCAGUACCCUGGACGGGCGGAUCUCUGCUCUGGACCCUCACAACCAGGGCAGGAAGCAGUGGGACCUCGAUGUCGCAUCAGGGUGCCUUGUGUCGUCCAGCCUCAGCAAACCUGAGGUGUUUGGCAAUAAGAUGGUCAUCCCUUCACUGGACGGUGCCUUGUUCCAGUGGAACCGGGACAGGGAGAGUAUGGAGGCCGUGCCUUUCAGUGUGGAGUCCCUGCUAGAUUCGUCUUACCGGAUCGGGGAGGACACUGUCCUGGUUGGGGGCAAAUCUCUUACGACCUAUGGCCUGGGGGCCUACAGUGGCAAGCUUCGGUACAUCUGCUCCGCGGUGGGCUGCAGUCGCUGGGGGGAUGAGGAGAUGGAGGCCGAAGACGUGCUCCUGCUGCAGAGGACUCAGAAGACUGUGCGAGCCAUCAGGCCGCGGUCGGGGAUGGAGAAGUGGAACUUCAGUGUUGGGAACUUUGAGCUGAAGCUCCUUCCCGAGACGCAGUCCGGCAUGAACUUCCUGGAGGGAGAGGUGGCGACCGGCGACGCCUGGAGGGAGAGCCAGCGGGUCAUCGUCGACGAACCAAAAGAGGGCGGACAGACGGAGAACCGGCAAAAGCAGAACCUGGAACUAGUCAUCAAAGUGUCUGUUCCCGAUUGGAAGGUCAUGGCCUUCAGUACAGCGCCAGACGGACAGCUGGUCUGGGAACGUCAGUUCUGCACACCCAUUGCUUCGGCUUGGCUGGUGGGCGGGGGCAAAGUCACACCCAUCGCCCUGUUCGACGACAACGCCUACAGCAACCAGUCGGAAACCGAUGAGGACGACGACGACAAUGAUUCUGAGAAGGCCAGAGGAGCAGAACAGUCCAGUGUUUACCUUGGAAUGUACCAGGGACAGCUCUACCUCCAGUCCUCAGUGAGGAUCAGCGAAAAGUUCCCUCCCAAAGCUAUUGGAUCGGUCAAGGACAUAAUUCCACUCCCCACAGUCAAGUGGAAGCCUCUAGUCCAUUCCCCAUCUCGGACACCAGCCCUGGUCGGCUCUGAUGAAUUUGACAAGUGUCUGAAUAAUGACAAGUUCUCCCAUGAAGAAUACAGCAACGGAGCCCUGUCCAUCCUUCAGUAUCCAUAUGACAACGGCUACUUCUUCCCCUACAGCAAGCUUUACCGGGAGAAACGCAACAGUGCCGUCAGCCUGAUAAAGGGAAACGGGGCGGGGUCUGAGAGUCGCAGGAGGAAGGACCCCGUACUGUUGCUGCCCUGGUGGAAGGAGAUCCUCGGCACCAUCGUCUUCUGCAUCGCCGCCACCACCUACAUCGUCCGCAAGUUCUUCCACCCUCCCGCCCCGGUGGCCUAUGUGAGGCAACGGAAAGAGUCAGAGACACAGUGCCAGACAGACUGCAAGUUUGACCUUGAGGUUGUGGAAUCCAAAGAGCCGGUUGCUAUGGAGACCCGUUCCAGUGAAUAUGUGUCCAGGUACCUGACGGACUUUGAGCCGGUGCAGUGCCUCGGCCGCGGGGGGUUCGGUGUUGUGUUUGAAGCCCGGAACAAAGUGGACGACUGCGACUACGCCAUCAAACGGAUCCGCCUGCCCAACAGAGAGCUGGCCCGUGAGAAGGUGAUGCGAGAGGUGAAGGCCCUGGCCAAGCUGGAGCAUCCAGGGAUUAUCCGCUACUUCAACGCCUGGCAGGAGAGCCCCCCCGAGGGCUGGCAAGAGCAGAUGGACCAGAGGUGGCUGAAAGACGCCAGCACCACCGACUGGCCAAUGAGCUUCCUUGACCACAUGGAGGCGCUGUCAGUCAAAGUCCCAGUGUCCAGCUCGGUGUCACCGGUCUCCGGGCCUGGAGGAGACGUUCUGGAGGCCUCUGUGGACACGCGGGCCUUGCUCUCCAGCAGCGUUGGCGUGGGUUUUGGCGUUGACGAUAGCGACCUGUCCUUCCACCCGCUGCUGGGCCACGACAGCCUGAUGUCUGAGCGGGACAGUCAGGCGGACCACGAUGCCUCGGACACCCACAACUCCUUUGAACUCUGUCCUCCACGCGGCCCCAGCGACUGCACCUCUUCUUCCUUUGACAUUGUGUUUGAGGACUCAGGCUGCGACAGGGACGCUGACGCUGACACGGACACGGACACAGAUUCGGACUCUGACUCUCACUCGGCCUCCGGUGCAGCCAGCCCGAGCACAACGACGGAUAAGAACAGCUCGUCUUCCUCUCGCACCCGACAACAGGAAUCCGUCCCGCCCUUCUCUUCCUCUCCCCCCCGACCAACCUCUCUUACCCUGGCUCUCCCGCCAACUCCUCAAACCCAGCGAGUCCAGCCUUCACCUAAGGUGUACCUGUACAUCCAGAUGCAGCUCUGUCGGAAGGAGAACCUGAAGGACUGGAUGGCCCAGCGCUGCCUCCCGGAGCAGAGGGAGCACAACCAGUGUCUCGAUAUCUUCCUCCAGAUUGCAGAGGCCGUCGACUUCCUGCACAGCAAGGGGCUCAUGCACAGGGACCUCAAGCCUUCCAACAUCUUCUUCACUAUGGAUGACGUGGUGAAGGUGGGCGACUUCGGCCUGGUGACGGCCAUGGAACAGGAGGAGGACGAUGACGAGCCGAGCGCCCUGACGCCCGCCCCGCUGCUGACCCGGCACACGGGCCAGGUCGGCACCAAGCUCUACAUGAGCCCAGAGCAGCUCUCUGGAAACUCGUACUCUCACAAAGUGGACAUUUACUCUCUUGGACUGAUCCUGUUUGAGUUGCUGUAUCCCUUCAGGACCCAGAUGGAGAGAGUGAGGACGCUGACUGAGGUGAGAGCGCUGCGCUUCCCAGAGGUUUUCUCCAAAAACAACGUUCAGGAGCUGAGCAUGGUGCGCAGCAUGCUGUCGUGGAGCCCCGGCGAGCGUCCCGAGGCGGCCGAGAUCACGGGGACCCCCCUCUUCCAGGAGCUAGAGCUGCCUUGCCGACUGGCCAUGAGGCAGCGCUCCCGCACAUACAGCGCCUCGUCCAUGGGCCGCCCCUCACGCCAGACAUCGACUAACUGAAAGUCCCCCCUCUCCUCCUGCUGGUCUGCAGCCCAAAAGAAACACCUCAGCCCCCAGUGCCAUCACACACUGCCUCAGAUAACAACAAAAAACUCUCAAGAACGACAAACCGUGCAGGAAUUUAUCUGCGUGGCUUCAGAGCGGCGAGACAAAGUCCUGCACAGUUACUCUCCUUGGUUACAUAUUCGCACACCAUCAUGCCCACGCUCCCCAAUUUUAAUCACACUUGCAAGUGAAAGAAUAUUUUAAAAGCAACAGCCGUUCUGCAACGUCCACGACCAGCUCUCGGCUCAGGCGGUACAAGCAAACUAAUUCUUAGUGGUUGUUUUUAAAUGCCUCGGAGUACCAGAUGGGCAGUGUGUGCUCAGCAAUUAUCCACAGGACAUUAUAACUAACGGAUUUUGCCGUGUUUCACCCUGCCGUGGCUGAGUCGAUCUUCUGGUACUCUCGAGACGAUUGACAGACAUGCUGAGAACUGCUUAACAUAUGAUUUGACGCCGGUCCGGUCACAACACGCUGCUUGCUCCCAACAUUCAGCCAGUGUUCACUCACCCACGCUACACCUCAGGUAUCAAAAACCGAGAGGAUACUCCAAAGGGGCCUUUGAUGCUUGAUCAUCCUAUCUACCGGCGACCAGUACUGAUCACUGGUACAAGCACUAUCUGGUGUUCUGCACCCAAUAUGCCUGAUUUUUUUUUUUUAAAUGAGAGAAGGCAAUGUAUUGAGUAGAGAAGAGUUUAUGAAUCCGGAUUAUCCGAUAUGAUUUGCCUUUAGAAAGUGGCCCCCGGCCUCUGAAUGAAUGCGGAGCGGCUGGCUCCUGUCAUUUUCUUUGCAUGUACCUGAUGAGGAAAGUGAGGGGGUGAGUGUGAGUAUAUCUUAAAGCCAGUACUUGGACGCAGUUUGUAAAUUUACACAAUGACUGAGGUGCUCAAUCAUUUGUUCCCCCAACACCACCUCUUUGCUCUGUGAAUAUAAAUGAAAGGGGGAAAAAAAAAUCAGUUUCUAUCUUUUUGUUUCUUCUUUGUUAAUGAAUUCAGAAGAUAUGUUCGAUCAAUCCUGUACAUAUUGUAAGGCGCCGUUGCUUGUAAAUGGCUUUUUCCAGAAGGCAACUGUAAGAUAGUGUGAUAUACUGUCGGGGGAGGGGGGGGAUGAUCUCUGCCAUUAACGGAUAGCUGAAUGUUACAGUGUGACGAUGAUGGUCACCUCUUCUUCUCGUUGUUGGAAAAUUAUUCUCAGUGUUUGUCUUCACACGUCCGGGGCACCAAGGUUUUUUUGCCCUGCUUCGAGCCUGCAGGACCAGAGUGCCAUUAGAGAGUCAGUAAAGUGUACUUUUCUGUAACUGAAAAACUCACCUCCCAAUUUUUCCGGGAACUGCGUCACCGUGGGCUCGGACCUCUGUCCAGCUGGUGUUCCCGGUGAAGCUCGACAAACACUAGAGGUGUGCAGCCCUCCCACGACGAAGAGAAAUAGCAUUUAGUCAAGAGAGACGAUACUGUUUUAUCCCCUCUGCAUCGUCUACUGGGGGGACCUGGACCUGAUGUUGGUCAUGUGAUCCACAAAAGCAUUGUUUAAUGUACAUAAGAAGUGCUGGGGAGAGUCACAUGACCCAUUUGUAACUUCACACACUGCUAAUUGUAAUGUGCUUUCAAUGAUUGUACUUUUCUAAGGAUCUUCUUAUCUUCUCUUUUUUUUUUUUUUAUAAAUAAUGCCAGUUUUUUUUUUUUUUUAUAUAUAUAUAAUUAUUCAGCAUUUUUUUAAUUUUUAUUACUGUAGAGUCUUGACUGCAUUUGAUACAAGAAGUCAAACUAAUGUUUUUUCAUCCGUCCUCGUUCUUCUUGCAAAAGGAUCCGUUCUGUUCUCACAGUUCAAAACAGACUGUACGUCCACCACGAAUAAGAAAGUAGUUCCAUAAACGGCAUACCCUCAAGUCAGAGGGGGAAAUGUGAACACUUUGAGCGAUGGAAGGUACUGUUACUUAAGUGCUGACAAUGUACCACCUUUUUGCAGAUUUCAAUGUCUGAUAUAUCAAAGGAAAUUCAAUAAGGAUCCAGGAUAAAUCCGUCUCCUGCAAAACUGGUCAAUUUCUAAGAGAAUUGUGAUCUGAAGACGUGUUUGUGGAGGAUUUACAACUUAAAUCACCUACAGUAGUAAAUAGCUUGUCAGCUUCUACCAUUAAAACUUAAAACAGCAUUAUUGACGAUAGUGUAUUAUAUGAGGAUCUAGAGAUUUUCUUCUUUUCACUCGGAACCAAGGAAAUGUGAAUACACUGUUGGUUUUUCAUGCUGUUGUUGACUUGUGUUCAUCCUCCCUUCAUUCCUGCCGUCCAGGUGUCUUUUCAUGAGGACGGUUGAAUUGAAUAAUCAGACUCGACCCCUCGUCAGUCUCUGACGCCUCCUGUUUGGAUACAGAGUUGUUUUUGUGCACAAACCCAAUUCUCUUUUCCAUGGUGAAUUGUAAAUAUGUUUAUUUGCUUUAUUUAUGUUCUGACGCCGUGAUCAAUCCUUUUGGGGUUGGUGUUAUUAUGAAUGCGCUUCCUGCGAUGGAGCGUGUUGGAAUAUGAUGACUUCUUACAAGUCUAAAUUUAAUAAACCGUUCUAUACCGUUUGUACA